UGAUCCGACAGCAAAAUGAAGCGAGUUUUGUUUUACCUUGCCAAAAUGGCUGACGCGUCUACGUUGCGUGUUAAGAAAAUACCCGAUGAUUUAUACGAGCUGUGCUUAACAAGUUUAGUGAACUACCUGCAGAAAUCCAAGUGCGAGCGGAAUGAUUUGCGAUCACUGCCGGACAGCAUCCUCAUGGAUGUAUAUUACAAGAUGCUCCAGGAGAAGAGGCUCUGCAUCCUCGGCGCGGAGCUGUCAGAGCUGGACAUCUUCGAGAGGCUGCUGCGCUUCGGCGGCGCCCAGCUGAGGCUGCUCCAGUGCUUCCAGGCCGUGAUAGAGCAUGGAUCGAAGCUGUCAGCAGAGCUGGCCACCGGCUACUUAUCGCGCUGCGACGCCAACGCGCGCUCUGAAGAAUGCCUGAUCCAACUGGGCCUGCGGCUCGGUGGUUUUCUGAAUGAGGCGGGCUGGUACGCGGACGCGCAACGCGUAUUGUUACGUUGUCGCGCGCUAUGCCGCGCUCAGCCGCCGAGCGCGCACUACACACGACUCACUCUCGAAUGUUGCCACAGACUGCUAAACACACAAUCCGCCUAUUGCUGCUUCCCGGCCGCGGCCGAAACGUACGCACUAGCUCUCGACCUGCUGAGCCUCACCGACGACGCUCCCACACAGACCGCUCGCCCAGACACGCCCAGACAUGUCUCCGAGGAGUGCAGCCGCAGACUGGACACAUGCGACAUCCUCUCCCAAGUCCCCGGGCUGACCGACCCGCACGAGCCGGCCAGCGAAUGGGCACUCUCAGCGCUCCUAGCGCGCCUCUUCAAGGAAUUCAGCGCUCUGUUCUUCGUGCGCUGCGAUUACAGCGCCGCGCACGCGUGGGCUAUGCGCGCCUUACGUCUGCUGCGUCCCGAUACGCCGGCAAAGAUCACAAUCGAAGUCCUUCGAGCGUGCGGCAAAGCGUGCGUAGUUAAACGACGCUUCGGCCAAGCGGGGCUUCUCGUGCGGCAGGCCGUAGCACUCGCCCGGCAGGCCUUCGGCGCUGCGCACCCGCGCUACGCCGCCGCGCUGCUCGACUACGGCUUCUACUUGCUCAACAUCGACUCCAUCCCGCACAGUGUGGCCGUGUACGAGGAGGCACUAGCAACACUGCGCCGCGUAUUCGGCCGGAGCAGUCUUCACGUAGCCACAGCACAAGAGGACCUAGCAUACGCACUAUACGUGCUAGAAUACUCCUCCGGUCGCUUCUACAAAGCACGUGAUCACGCUGAACGCGCAAUCCGUAUUAUAGAGACCCUGGUACCGACAGACCACCUGCUGCUGGCGUCGGCGAAGCGCGUGAAGGCGCUCAUCCUCGAGGAGAUCGCGCUCGACACGCCCGCGCCUCACCAGGAGAUGCGCGGACAGAAUGAACCAUCACUACUAGAAGAAUCAGAAGCACUACACAAGGCGGCGCUCCAGCUCUCCAUGAUGGCGUUCGGAGAGAAGAACGUACAGACCGCCAAGCACUACGGCAACCUCGGCCGACUGUACCAGAGCAUGCACAAGUUCCAGGACGCAGAAACCAUGCACCUGAAAGCCAUCGCGAUCAAAGAGGAGCUCCUAGGGGCCGAGGACUACGAGGUGGGGCUCAGCAUCGGCCACCUCGCCUCGCUCUACAACUACCACAUGCAGCAACAUAGAGCUGCUGAGGCGCUCUAUCUGCGCUCCAUCGCCAUCAGUCUAAAACUGUUCGGGUCCCGCUACUCCGGCCUCGAGUACGACUACCGCGGCCUCGUGCACGUGUUCACGCAGCUCAAGCGGCACGACCGCGCCGACCACUACUCGGCCCUACUGCAAGACUGGCACGAUCUACGCGAGCAGUCCAAAACGGAACAGCAGCCGGACUUAGGCGCGGAGCAAGUUCUGCCGCUAGAGGAGCUCCAAGCCAAGCUGUUCGCGCCCAACGACUGAGCGCCUCGCUCCGCU